GGUCAACUAAUCCAGUCUGACAAAGGCUACUGAGUUUUUCGUCCUAUCUUCAAAGGAAGAUUCACAAUUGAGACCAACAUACUACAUCAAACCAUCCGCGCCUCUCUCAGAAUAAUAAUUCGAUAUGGAGAAAGAGAAAAGGGCUAAGAAGAUGCGAGAGAACUUUGAAGAAGAAAAGAUCAACGAAUUGCAGUUCCAUAAGCGCCAGAUGGAGGAAGUUCGGGCGGUAUAUGAGGCCCUCAAGGAGAAGGAGAAGAGUGGUAGUGGUCCUCCCAUUGCCCUUCUCGAGGACACAGAAUAUGUGGCCAACUUGAAGAAAGCCGGCAAAAAGGUGCCUCCCCAUAUGAUGUCCAAGGCCAAGACGUUCAACCUUUAUUGCGCGGAUUACGUAGAGAACUGCUACCAUGACGACACAGGUAGUUAUUGGAGGUACGUCGAGUUUUACGAAGAUCGAUCCGGGAUCGAUAUUAUGAAAGGCGCCAAAAAUCCAAAAGGCUGUACAUGGAAGGGCAAGGCGAACGGGCACGUCUACGUCAACUGUGAUGAUCAAUUCGACUUUUCGACUCUCCUCGCCCCUGAUCGCGCCAGCACAAGGGUUUAUUGGUCUGAUCUGUACAAAGACAAGCACCAAGUCGGCAUCCAAUUCAUCGGGCAGGAUUAUGUGAGGAUGACAGUUAGCCGAGAUGCCAUCGAGGCAACAGAACGUGACCCCCUACCAGCCUCUUGUCCUGCGGUUUUCGAGUUCAUGGGGAUCAACCGCAACAAGCCCAGUCUGAAGGCCCAGGAAGAGGAGCAGAAGCAGAGGAGAAUCGCACGGCACUCUUCGAGGAGGAGUACGCUCGAUUCGUACCGCGGUUAUUAUUGACGUUAGUUAUCGAGUUGAGGUCUGGUUGGUU